AUGACAAAAGGUACAUCUUUGAUACAUUUUAAUGGAAUCUAUACGAUACCCGAAGAUUCCAACGAAAAUGACCCAAGAGGUGCUACAGAGCCUUAUAGAACUGAAGCUGAUAUCGCAAAGGAAGCAGUAGGUUUAAAGUAUGGAGCAACGGUUUUGAGGAAGUCGGCAACUUUAAUACCAAAGAGAAAAACAUUGGUACUAGAUUUGGAUGAAACACUCAUUCACUCAUCGUUCGAACCUUCCAUCAACUCUUUCACUAUGCCAUUAAUGCAAAAUGGUGUUGAAAGAACGAUUUAUAUAAACAAACGCCCCUAUUUAGACGAGUUUUUAUCAAUAAUAUCGGAUAUUUACGAUAUAGUAAUCUUUACAGCUGGUUUAAAGUCGUAUGCAGACCCGGUUAUAGAUGCAAUUGAUGUGAAUAAGGUGUGCAAAAAGAGACUAUUUAGGGAUAGUUGUAAGUUCUGGAACGGAUACUACAUUAAGGAUCUUGAGAUUCUAAAUAGGCCUAUGAAAGAUGUGAUCACAAUAGAUAAUUCGCCCUGUUGUUACUGCCUAAAUCCAGAUAAUGCAAUCCCUAUUGAAACAUGGUUUGAUGAUGAAAAUGAUUCUCAAUUGGCUAAUUUGGUACCUCUACUAACCAGAUUAGCACAAGCUGAGGAUGUGAGGAAUAUAUUGGCAAGUUUGUUUAAUAAUGAAUUCAUCUUCACGAGAAUGACAAUUGGACAAAUUAAAAAAUCUUAA